UGUCUAAGCAAAACAAAACCUCGACUGUUUGCUGAUGAUACAAACUUAACAACUGCGGGAGAAUCUAUAAAUGAUGUUGAAGCUGCAAUGAAUUCUGAUUUAGAAAACCUUAGGAAAUGGUUAAUUGCCAAUAAACUAAGUUUAAAUGUGGCCAAAACUGAAUUUAUAUUAAUUGGAUCUAAACCAUUGAUAAAACGUAUCUCAAAUAAACAACCAAACACUAUCAUAGUAAACAAACCAAUUAAACAAGUAUAA